CAGCAACUUGCAUUACUCACUUGUUCUCCUUCACCAAUCCACAUUUUUCGUGCAUAGAUCAGCAGGUUUACCUUCAUAAUGAAUAAUUUGACAGAAGCCGAAGGGGCUACAAGGUCCUCUAUUAUUCGACUAGAGCAUAUGCCCCAGCAGGCCUGGGUGCGGGCCUCCGGAGACGAUUGGACGGGAAUUAUAGAUCGCAAGGAACGACGGCGACUGCAGAAUCGACAUAAUCAGAGGGCAUAUCGUCUAAGGAGGAAGGGGAAAGUGGUUGAAACACUGGAAGAUACGCCUUCUACGUCCUCCUCUACGGACGCUGCAGAAAUUACACUACGAAGCUCAUCCGAGAGACCUCAGGUGGAAACAGCAGAGGAGCUGGAAUGCUCCCAUGUCCCACCAUAUGCACUACAGUUCCGCCAAUGGUUUGAAGCCACAGCCCGGGAAAGCUAUCUCCGUGGUUCACCCCAAAUAGAACACUUGAUCAGCCUUAGCCGUCUGAACGUGCAUCGAGCCAUCAUUCAGAAUAUAUGUGCGAUAGGGAUGACCACAGACUGGACCAAAAGCGACGAUUCCAUCUCCAUCUUCAACCUUGUCCAACCCGGGUUUCUGGAGGAUAAUAUCCCGCUUAGCUUGCGCCCUACACACAUUCAGCGGAGUGUGCCGCAUCAUCCCUGGCUGGACUUUUUCCCUUUCCCACAUAUGCGAGAUAAUCUUAUUGCAGCUGGGGAUACGUUAGACGACGACGACCUUUGCCAUGAUUUGAUGGCUUUCUGGGAUACUAGGAAUACGGGCGCCACAUUACUCGUGUGGGGAGAACCUUCCGACCCGAAGAACUGGGAGGUUACUGAAGGAUUUGCGAGGAAGUGGGGCUGGGUGCUCCGGGGGUGUUCGGAACUGUUACUUUCUAGCAAUCGUUGGAGAAUGGGGAGAGGGGAGAAGCCUCUGCUCUGGAGGCAUGUCCUUCAGCUACAAUAGAAUGCUCUAUGUGGGACAUAUUACGACAAAGUUAUGAAGUUC